AUGCGCCCCUUUCGCAUUGGCGUACUCAUCGUCCCACCCAUCCAAUUCCUCGAUGCCGGCCCUGUCGACCUCUUCGCCAUGCUCAGCCAAUCCUACUUCGAGGGCGCCAGGCAGCCUCCAGCGCUUGUCGCCCAAGCUAUCCCCGACAAGGACCUCCAUAUCACGUGGAUCUCUCACAACGGGGCGAACAGCACGUCGCCUACCUCGGCUGGAGUAAGAUUCCUAAUCGACGCCGGCCUUGACGACCCUCGGGUCGCCCCAGGCAGCCUGGAUCUCUUGUUUAUCCCGGGACCCCCGCCGGGCCUACGACCACCGGAGUCUGUCCUGCAGUUUGUGAGGGAUCAUGUAGCAAAGGGGACAGAGCUGUUCACAGUGUGCUCUGGAGUCUUCGUCGCCGGUUACGCGGGAGUCCUAGACGGAAAGCGCGCAACUGGGACGAGAGGAGUUAUGGAUAUCCUCCAGACGGAAUUUCCGAAGGUGCACUGGGUGGACAAGCGGUAUACGAAUGACGGCAAGAUUUACACUUCUGGUGGGAUUACAAAUGGCAUGGACGCUGCGGGAGUCUACCUGCGCAGGAAGUUCCCUAAAUUAGCGGACACGGUGUUGACGCUGGCGGAUGUUGAUGUGCGCGGUCCCGAAUAUCAUAGCUAG